UUGAAAUAAAGAAUCUUGCUUUUAAAGACUUUUUAACAAUCGUAUACAAGCCUAAAUGUUCGUUUACGUUUAAAACAAAGUGCUGUCUGUGUUAGAACUGGAAAUGCAAAACGCUUAAAAGUUCAAUGAAUAGUUUUUUUUUUAUACAUCGAACACUUGACCGCAGAGUAUAUAUUGUUAUAUAGACUGUAAACUGGCAAUGACAGUUGAGAGACAUUGGACAGUGACAUCAUCAUCACCAUCAUCAUCAUCAAUUAUAACAACAGCCUUUGCCUGACCACUGAUGGACAUAGGCCUUCACCAAUGCCUUCCGCAGAAGACGGGUGACAUCAGUGAACGGUCAAUGUUGACAUAUUAUGAUUUGAUGGUUCUGAUCUGACAGUAUCAGAAUGUGACAAAAAUAUAAAAUGAAAAUGAUAUUGGAUUGAUAAGUUUGUUAAAAUGAGAUAGAUCAAUUUCUAAUCAUUGUCUUAAUAUGAAGGUACAAAAACGUAGUUAGGUAGUAAUUUAUUCGACGUUUGAAGGGCUUGUGGGACACAUUUCAAUGUGUUUCUUAUAUACUUAAAUGUUUUAUGGAGUUAUGCAAAACUAAAAAAAAAACUAGUCAUUGUGAUAAGGAAUAUAACUGCGUACAGACAUUGAACCUUGACUUGACGAUACAUUACUUUUGUAAUAUUUACAUUAUUAUUACUUCAUGGUCUUAAAAACUGUCUGUGUAAUACCACUGAUAAUUGACAAAAGAGAAUGGCUACAAAAACGUUUGAAGGUGUUUUAGAUAGAUAUAAUGGUAUCACAGUUGAUUCUCAAAAGGAACCAUGUGAAUCCAGUGAUUUUCUUAGUAAACUAACAGACUCUCUGCGGAAAUGGGAUAGUGAAGAAAGAAGAUGCAUUUGGUUCAAAAUAAAUAUAAAAGAUGCUGCUUGGAUUCCUAUACUAGCUAAUGAAGGUUUUGAUUUUCAUCAAUCAGGCCAGAGUUUUGUAACAAUGUACAAAUGGUUACCAAAAAACAGUACAUCAAACUUACCGCCAAUAUGUCACACUAGUAUAGGUGUGGGUGGCUUAGUAUAUAAUAAUAACAAUCAAAUAUUAGUUGUUAUGGAACAACUUUAUGACUACCCACACUGGAAGCUGCCUGGUGGAUAUGUAGAAAAAGGGGAAGAUAUAAAAGAUGCUGCAGUGAGAGAGGUGAAAGAAGAAACAGGUAUUGAUGCUGUUUUUGAAUCCAUGAUAACUUUGAGACAAACACAUAAAAUGUUGUUUGGUAACUCUGAUAUAUACAUAGUUGUAUCUCUGAAAGCUACGUCUGAUGUAAUCACAAAAUCAGAUGAUGAAAUCAAAGAUUGUAAAUGGAUGGAUAUAGAAGAAUUCUUAGAACAUCCUCAUGUACAUGAAUUCAACAGGUUUAUUGUAAAACAAGCAUUGGAUCUGAAGGAAAGAAAACUUAAACUAUCUCUUAAAAAGAGUAAAGUGAAGAUAUCAAAGUUUUCGAGAGAAAUCACUUCUCUAAUAAUUGAUGACCUGUGAUUAUUCAUGCUCUGAGCCCCAUGGUGGAGAUGUGAGCGGAUGACAAUUAUUUAAUUAACAGUUUUUAAAUAGCUUAUAGAAAAUAUUAAAUUCUGGGUAAAGGGAUAAAGUUGAAAAG